AUGACUAGCCCCAGUCCUGAAAGUACAGCUGUGACAGAGGGCAUCACCACUCCACACACCAAUAUCGACGACAUUGAAGACACAAAUCUCGAGCAAAAGAUCGCACACAUACGAGCGAAGUACCCUCUACGAAGUACACGAGAGUGCGAGGAAGCCCUCCAGCUGGUCAACAACGAUGUCGACAAAACCCUCGCCUUUCUAGCAUACCUCGUGCCGCGAAUCCCUGGCAUUCAGACUUAG